UCGAGAGAGCAAAGGAAAGGCAGAAGAGGAAGGAAGAAAAGAGUUGGAGAUUUCAGGUUCCUUGGAGAAUAACAGAGAAUGAGCGAGAAAAAUAUGAGUACGAAGAAUAAUAAUAAUAAUAACAGUAGUAAGAAGAAGACGAAGAAGAAGAUGACGCUGAGCGCAGAUGAAAGUGUGAAGCUGUUCAAUCUGCUGAGAGCAGCCGACCAACGCCCUUUCCUCGAAAUCGUCUCCGACUUCGAAUCCUCCUUCCCAGCCCUCUCCUUCUCCCAAUUCGUCGUUUCCUUUUCUCUCUCCACCCUUUUGCAGGACAAGAAGAUGCUCAACCCUGCACAGCGUUUGGUUGGGUUCGCCAUUCUUCAUCAGGCUUACAACAACAAAUCUUCUGCCAAUUCUAAUAAUCCUUUCCUUCCUCUGUUUAUUACUGGUGCUUGUAAUGAAGAAGCUGAAAGAUAUGAGAGGGCAUUUAUUCUCCAGCUAUUAUCCUCUGAUUCCUCUCCCUCUCCUAACUCCAAAGAGCAGUUUCUUAAGCAAUCCGCCUCCCACUACAUCAAAAGUUUUGAUCCUUCACUCUCACUGCAUGUGUUCCCCAAGCGAGAACAGUUGGAGCAACAGUACGGCGUUAAAGCUCACGUCGAACCCUUUAAUUGCCCUUUUAAGGAUGCCUCCCUUUUAAAUGCGCUUCCCGACCCCGAUCUUCCCCAUUGUUCUGAUCCUAACUCGUCAGAGUUUGAUUUACAACACGGAGCCAAACCUAAGCUUGGUUCUGGUGAUAGAGAUGAGACGCUCAUUGGAUUGUUGUCAAGCUUGUCCCUGGAAGGCUUUGGUCCUCCAUGGGCCCGUCCUAUUCCUCCACAACUCCCGGUUCAGGAUGGUGAACUCGUAUGGCUAAACCCCGGCGAUAAUCAUGAACUUUUAUGGGACUACAGUAUGUGUGUCGAUACCAGCAGAGGAACGGUAGUGAGGGACUUGAUUGCAAAAGCCUUGAAGGGACCACUUGCUCCUUCCCAACAGGAGCAAGUCUUGUUGGAAUUAGCAAAUGACCCGAAACUUGUAUAUCAUUGUGGACUCACACCAAGAAAGCUACCAGAAUUGGUGGAAAAUAAUCCUCUUAUUGCUGUUGAAGUUCUCACUAAGUUGAUAAACUCCCCUGAAAUUGCAGAUUACUUUACAGUGCUUGUCAACAUGGACAUGAGCCUGCACUCAAUGGAGGUUGUGAAUAGGCUUACAACUGCAGUGGAGCUUCCUUCCGAGUUCAUACGAAUGUACAUAACUAACUGUAUAUCGUCCUGUGAGAACAUCAAGGACAAGUACAUGCAGAAUAGACUCGUGCGUCUCGUAUGUGUUUUCCUGCAAAGCCUUAUCCGAAAUAACAUUAUCAAUGUUAAGGAUCUCUUCAUUGAAGUUCAAGCCUUCUGCAUCGAGUUCUCGCGGAUUAGAGAAGCAGCAGCUUUGUUUAGGCUUCUCAAGUCCUUGGAAUGAUUUAACAAACCAACCUUAAUCUUUUCACAAUCGUCUGUUUUAAUCAUUUCUCUUCCAUUUUGUAGAUAAUGUUUUAGUUUAGUGAAUAUUUUGUCUCCUUGCUAUUUUAUAUAUCUCUUAGGAUCAAAAUAAGUUUGAAGCCAAGAUUAUAUUUUGAAGAUGUUAUAUCUUUGAAUAGAUAA